CUGAGCGCGGCGUGGGGGCGAGCGGGUGGCCGGGGCUGCCUCAGAGGCACGCAGGGCACCUGGAAGCCGGGCCGUUACCCGCCGGCAGCGAGGAGGGCGCCGGGCGCCGGGCAAGGAAGCGCGCCCGAGCACCAUGAUCCCGCUGGAGAAGCCGGGCAGCGGCGUUUCCUCGCCGGCCGCCGCCUCAGGCUCGGGCCGGGCCAGCCGGGGUCUGAGCGCGCCGCGCCGGCCGCCGCCCCCGCCGCCCCAGCCCCGCGGGCUGCUGACGGAGAUCCGCGCCGCCGUGCGCACCGAGUCCUUCCAGGAGCGCUACAGCCUGAGCCCGGGCCGGGAGCUGGGCAGGGGGAAAUUUGCAGUGGUGAGGAAAUGUAUAGAGAAAGAUUCUGGAAAAGAAUUUGCAGCAAAGUUCAUGAGAAAAAGAAGAAAAGGCCAGGAUUGUCGGAUGGAAAUAAUUCAUGAGAUUGCUGUACUUGAACUAGCACAGGACAAUCCGUGGGUCAUUAAUUUACAUGAAGUCUAUGAAACUCCGUCAGAAAUGAUCUUAGUUCUGGAAUAUGCCGCUGGGGGUGAAAUCUUUGACCAGUGUGUUGCAGACAGAGAAGAAGCCUUUAAAGAAAAAGAUGUUCAGAGACUCAUGAGGCAGAUUUUAGAAGGCGUUCGCUUUUUACACGCUCAUGACGUAGUUCAUCUUGAUUUGAAGCCUCAGAAUAUUCUGCUGACAAGUGAAUCUCCACUGGGUGACAUUAAGAUAGUUGAUUUUGGUCUUUCAAGAAUCAUGAAGAACAGUGAAGAGCUCCGAGAAAUCAUGGGUACUCCUGAGUAUGUGGCUCCUGAAAUUCUUAGUUAUGAUCCCAUCAGCAUGGCGACAGAUAUGUGGAGCAUUGGAGUGUUAACGUAUGUCAUGCUGACAGGAAUAUCGCCUUUCUUAGGUGAUAAUAAACAAGAAACGUUCCUAAACAUCUCACAGAUGAACUUAAGUUACUCUGAGGAAGAAUUCGAUGCUGUGUCUGAGUCAGCUGUUGACUUCAUCAAGACACUUUUAGUUAAGAAACCUGAAGACCGAGCCACCGCUGAAGAGUGUCUAAACCACCCGUGGUUGACCCCAAGCAGCAGUCAGGAUCCUUCUGUCAAGGUGAAAGGGGCAGAAGCAGCAGCAGGUGCCCUACCGGAAGGUGAUUCUCUGCCGGAAAUUAGUUCAGACACUCAGACACCAGACGCUGAGGAGGCCGUUGCAGCAGAGGAGUUAAUCGUGGUCACUUCAUAUACUUUAGGACAAUGCAGACAGUCUGAGAAAGAGAAAAUGGAGCAAAAGGCCAUUUCCAAACGAUUUAAAUUUGAGGAACCCUUGCUACAGGAAAUUCCAGGAGAAUUUAUCUACUGAACAGUGGAACUUCAGGAUUUCUACAGUGAAAACGUUAAUGUUAUUUAUGGCCAAAUGGUACAUGUACUGAAAGUGGAUCACCAGGUGUCCGUGAUAUAAACGAAAAGAACUUUGUCAGACUUGUGGAGUGAUCCAUCAAGCCUGAUUUAUAAAGUUGCCAACCAGGAGGUCUAGUGGGUAAAGUUCUGUUUCAAUGUUACUUUCAAGAAAGGGGAUGUUUGAACCUUUUACUUCUGCAUCCUGUUCCUCCAGAGUGAGAAUUUGUAUGCAAAGAUGUCUGUGUUGACUUUCUUUAAAAAUCCAAGUAAAAGUGCCAAAAUUAACAUUUUUGUAAAUCUAUUUUGCAUUAUUCAUAUGUGUAUCUAUAUCUGCAUAUAUGUGUGUUGAUAUCUUUACUAAAAUUGAUACUUUUUCACUUUGGAUUUUUUGAGGGGAGUAAGAUUUUAAUUUAAAUAGUUAUGUUCUCCAUUUUUGAGACCUAGAAUAGCAUCUACUAUGGUUUACUAACAUCUUAUUUUUCUAUUUCGUUACUGCUUUAUAUGGACUUGAUUUGGUUUCUGCUCUCUUUUUGCCUAACGCUUAUAACCCAUCAGUGAAAAACCCUGGCUAAUUUUUUUUUCUCUUCAAGAUCACUAUCAAGAGUGGUGGUGAUUUUUUACCUCUGAAAUUAUUCUGGUUUUCUAGGUCAAGGUUAAGUAAUCCUAGACUAUGAACCCGGUGUCGGCGUCCCACCCGUCGCCCUCAUCACCCCUUACUUGUCUGCUCUCUUUGACAGGCUCCACCCCUGCCACCUCCUCACUUGCUUGUCACUUAAUUUUGGUCACUUGCAAGUGUCCGUGUGAUGUGAUCAACACGCUGAUUGCCUUGGUCAGUGACAAGGCGCUGUUCCCUUGGUUUUGUUAGUAAAAUGCCUCGGCACGGGAGAAGAGAUGUGCUGCAUGCUCAUGGCCACCAAGCCUUUACUUCCGUCGAGUUUCUUAUUAGCCCUCAAGCUAUGCCAGGAAAAGUUAUACAAUGCCAAAAUAUUUAUAAACCUUUACUUUGUUCAUAAAAAAUUUGACUUUGAAUACUUUGUCAUUAGGGGGUAUCCUUGUCCCAAAAAGACACAUAAGAAUCUACUCACUGGAAUUUAAUUUGAUUAGGAUUGAACACUUCAGUUGUCUCUAGGCCCCACAGCGAGCAGUAAAUGCCUGUUAGAGAAAUGGAAAUGUGAAAUGUAUUCUGUAUAACUGAAAGCAACUAAAUAUCCUUCUCAC